AUGACUAAAAAAGGGAUGAAAAAGAAUUCAUACUUGGAUUUCGUCCAUAAAGUGCUGAAUUACUCGAAUUUGAGCAAACAUGCUAUGAAGACUUUAUUUGAAAGUACCUUAAAUUACUUAUAAUUUAGACAGGAAACAGUUUUUGUAAGAAAUUGCUUCUAGGUGA